CACAUCUGGCUGCAUCACAGACUUAUCUUUAUUCAAGAGAAGGGAAGAAAAGCAUCCUAAUUGAACAGUAAUUUUCUUCUUUUUACAGUGAGAAAGGAAAAUACUUUCCAGAGAGCAAAAGCUAUCCUUUUACAACACACUAAGACUCAGACUUGUACCAAAAUGCAUCCAUGAAAAUGACUCCUGGAACAAAGAGAUGGGAAUUCACUUUUUUAAAAAAGGUGUCAAGAAGAUCAGAAGGUCUCUUUCUAUUGGGAAAUACUAUCAUUGGCAACUGAAGAUUAAACACAAUCUGUACUAUGCCUCUUUUUGGCUGGAUGAAAUGGCCAAGAUCAGAAACGGACCAACCGGAGCAGAAGUUGUCAGAAGUACCCACCAAGACUUUAAUGAGAGAAAUAUUGUGGCAAGUUGAGGAAAGGGAGAGGAUGGUUAGAGAGAUGGAGAGGGAUCAAAGGAUUCCAUAUAGUGGUACAGAUUAUUGUUGGUCACACAGCUAUGAAAGUCUCAAGGGCCUCAUCCCAACUUCUGAACAGAGGCAAUUAGAACACCUUUGCUCACAAAUUCAACCCAAAUAUAUUGCUACUGUGUUGACAAGGUUUCGAGAGGCUCUAGUGGAUAGUGAUAUACUGCCUUGGGAGUUGGUAUAUGAAUUCAAACAAGUCCUAAAGGAAUUCAUUAGUAAAAAAGGAGACGAGAAGCAACAAAUAAAGAUGAUGGAAUCUUGGUCAAACAGGCACCAAACCAAACAGUGCUCUAUUACUUCUAGUGCCCCAGACUGCUCUGACACCUUCAAGGAGGAGAUCCCUACCAUUUCCAGCUAUGUUGAUAAAAGCAUGAGAGAUGCAUGUCAAUACCUCCCACAAAGGAUAUGGGAUUUACCAUACUACCAUCCUUCUAAAUGUACCUGUUCCGAUGAUUAUAGCACAACACUAUAAAAUAUCAUUGAAGAGGCACAGUCUCUGAAAUAUUGAAUUAGAUAACCCAAACACCUAAAGCUGAAGAACCAUGAAUCCCAAGUUGCAACAAAGGUCCAACACGUCAAACACCUACUGUACACAUUUUGCCUGUAUAAUUUAUUUCCAUUCUCAGUUUUAUAAUUAGCGUUAAAAACAUACUACAAUCAAGUAAUGCUCUUGGCCUUAGCAAGAGCUUUCAGCUUUCCAAUGAAGACAUAGUAACAUUUCCUUUAAAAAUUCUGUUGUCUUUUAUGGUGUUAAAUGACAGAUACCUUUGUUGUCCAUAGAGGUGUUUGCUUUACACAUUACAAAUACCUCAAGAGGAAACAAGCUACAAACUGCUGAAUGUUAUUAUGAAUGCUGUAUUAUUGGUGUAAUACCAUUAGCCUAUUUGUGUUUUGAAAUGAGGAUUUAAAAAAUACACAUUAAUGGCAAGAAACAAUUAU